GUGCUGGUGUCGCUCCUCAGUCGCAGCGGCCCGAGCUCGAGAUCCAGAGCUGACUAGAAGCAGAGAUAGCAGGCUUUUCCCCCGCUCAGGCUAACUCGCUCACGGCUUUGGUUCAAGAUGGUAACUCGUGGUGCCGCGCGGCGUCAACGCAUCUCCAACGCGCUCAGUUUCAAGAGCGGUCUGACUCUAUGGCUUGUGCUAUGGCUGUUGGCAAGUCACUGCGCCCCAGGGAAAGCGUGUCCAAGGCUGUGUGUGUGCUACCACAUGCCUAUGACCGUCAGCUGCCAGUCUCAGAACUUCUCCUCUGUCCCGGCAGGCGUGCCCUACGACUCGCAGCGUGUCUUCUUGCAGAACAAUCGCAUCACCGAGCUCAGGUCUGACUCCUUCGGCUUUGAAACACAGGUCCUUUGGCUGUAUUCCAACAACAUCUCUUGGAUUGAGGCAGGUGCUUUCAGCAACCUGCGUGUGCUCGAAGAGCUGGAUCUUGGGGACAACCCGUCGUUGCAACAGUUGGAUGGGGGGGCAUUCCGGGGUCUUGAGAGGCUUCAGAGUCUGCACAUGCACAGGUGUGGCCUGACCGAGCUGCCUGCAGAUGUGUUUAGCAAGCUUUACAGCCUGCAGUUCCUCUACCUGCAGGAGAACCAGCUGAACCACUUGCCUGAUGGUGUGUUCUCUGACCUGGUCAAUCUCACGCAUCUGUUUCUGCAUGGCAACCGCCUACGCACAGUCUCUGAGAACGCCUUCCGUGGCCUUGUCAACCUUGACCGGCUGCUGUUGCACGAAAACCGAAUCCGACAGGUCCACCGCCGUGCCUUUCGUGAUCUGGGCCGCCUGACCAUCCUCUACCUGUUCAACAAUGCCCUUCGUGAGCUGCCUGGUCAGACACUCAAGGACACCACUGGUUUGCAGUUCCUGCGCCUCAACGAGAACCCCUGGGCAUGUGGCUGCGAGGCACGCUCUCUGUGGCAGUGGUUCCGUGAUGCGCGUGUCUCGAGCUCUGAGCUGAUCUGCACCUCACCUUCAGCACGCCAGGGCCAGGACCUGCGCUUCCUGCGUGAGCUCGAUUUUGCCACCUGUCCACUUCCUGAUCCUGGCUCUCUGACCGGCACCACCACCACCACCUUCAGCACCAAGACACGCUGGUGGUUCUCCAAGAACAAACCAGUCGCCUCAGCCAAGGGCGUUUACCAGAAGAAUGCCGACCUUCCCAAAGCCUUCCCUUUCUCCUCAGUGAAGAAUGCUCAUUCUGCAGCAGUAGCAGCUGCAGCUGCUUCAGCAUCUAAGUACGAGCUGACGCCGGAGGAGGCUGCCUUGCCGAAACUUGAGCCCGAAGAGUACUGGGCCAACUACGGCAAUGAGGAUGCAACCUCAGUCCGCUGCUUCGAGCUCGACUGCGACGACUCUCAGAUGCUCCCUUCGUCUUCUUCCUCUGCCGCUCCUUCGUUUCUGUAUCUCCUUUCUCUCUCUGUUCUGGCUCUCUCGCUUCACUUGCUGUUUGGCUGAACAGAGUGUGCUAAUUUCCUCUCUUCUCUUCUUUUGCCUUUUUUCUGUAUUCGGCCCCUGACGACUUAAAGGGGUCUGAUGCUGACAGGCACACUACAGCAGCCACAAAGACCACAGAAAUGGCAAAGAUGGCACAUGCAUAUACACACACACAAACACACACAGGUACAAGCUCACAGGCACACACAGAUGCUCAAACACUUUACAUAUUUGGUGCUGCCUAGUGUCAUUUAUGAGGCAGAGUUUGAAACGUUGCCUGGACUGCAACUCUCAGGAGACCUUGCAGCUCUACACUGGGCACUCUGCAGUCAGUGACACAGAAACAGAGAUACAAACAGCUAGAUAGAAUGUAAAUGGUGGUACAGUGUGAUGGGGGGGGUCAAAAAUGCAGACUUUUCAGAGAUGUGCUAUAAAACUUUCAUGAAAGUACAUACACAGCUGUAAAUAUGCAAUUCCAUUGUGUCACACUAAAUAUCUUGUAAACAACCGGACCUAGAAUGCUAGUCAAACAAGAUUGUGCACGGUUUUCCUUCUUCUUGUCUGUCUGCUUGGUUUUACAAUCCAUAAUCAGAAAUAUUGAAGGAUGGAUUUUGCACCCAUGUGUCUUUAUUCCUUUAUGGAUUUAGUAGUAAUAUCUGUCCUGCAGUGAGCUGAACAUAUAACAUUGUAAUCUGUGUGGUGAGGUUAGUUCUGACCUUUCACUGUGUUUUUUUAUUGUUUAAAAGGAUUGUACCUGAAUUACAGUUAAAAGGAGGCAUUCACUGUACACAUUACUGUGCAUCAUCAUAUCACAUUUGUGUUAAAUAAAUACCCGAAUAAAGCUUUUUUUAAAUAAA